AUGGCCAAGUACGGUCUCGGCGUGACGCUGACGAUCCCCGUAUUCCUUGCCGGCGCGCUAUGGUACUUCCAGCGCCGGCUAAUCUACCCCGCCGACUUCCCCGAAGGAUCUCGAACAAUGGUCCCCAAACCGACUGAAGCCGCCCUCCCAUACGAGGACGUGACUCUUGCCACGCCCGACGGGCUGCGUAUCAAGGCCUAUGUGAUCCCUGCGCGCCAACGCGUCGUGCCCCUCCACGAGCUGCGUGGACUGAACAGCGCGCAACUCAAGGACCGCGGAGAGAGUGAACUAGCCGCCUGGGAUCAAGUCAAGGACUCGGCCGACGCGCUCGAAUACGCCCGCUCCCGACCCACCGUCGUCAUGUUCCAUGCUAAUGCCGGCAAUCUCGGGCACCGCAUUCCUCUCGCACGCAAGUUCGUGUCCGAGCUCGCGUGUAAUGUCUUCAUGCUCAGUUACCGGGGAUAUGGACUGAGUGAAGGCGCGCCUUCCGAGGCGGGCAUCAAGGUCGAUGCAGCCACCGCCAUGGAAUAUAUUGCCACCCAUCCCAUAUUGCGUAAUACCAAACUCGUCUUAUAUGGCCAGAGUAUUGGCGGUGCCGUCGUGCUCGACACAGCCGCCGCUUUCCCAGACAUGGUGUCUGGCGUGAUUAUCGAGAACACUUUUGUGAGCCUCGCGUCCCUCGUGCCACACGUCAUGCCCGUCCCACCCAUUCUCGUCAAUCUCCUCUUAAGUGAGCGGUGGGAUGCCGCCAAGGCACUCCCCAAAAUCCCCAAGAGCACACCCAUCCUCUUCCUCAGUGGACGGCGGGACGAGCUCGUGCCACAGGCGCAGAUGCUCGCUCUUCGCGAGCUGCGGUUGCGCCAGGGUGGUAAGUGCUGCUGGCGCGAGUUCCCGCAUGGCACCCAUAAUGAUACCUAUGUCGCCCCGGCUUAUUGGGACGAGAUUGGCGAUUGGCUCCGUAAGGAGAUUGAGGGCGGGGAGAAGGAAAAGGUCAUCGAGUAG